AGUAGCAGUACUAGCUGGAGUACUUUGAUAUUCUGAUCUGCAUCCUUUUCAUGGUAAAAGCUGAAAAUAAAGAAUGAUGUGAAUAGCUACUAGGUCCUGGAAUCCAUAUCUUUGUCCUACAAAUAAGAACUUCUUUCCGUCUCUCUCUUCUUCACAGCAAGACUACCCAGUUCAGCUACCUCUGCUUCACUUAACACCAUCACUACACACUUAGGCAACUCAACUAAGCUUCAGCGCAAUGGCUCUGGCUGGUAGGCUGCUCGUCCUCCUAGCCGUCGUUCUCGUCGCCGUCUCCAUUGCCGGGCACAAGGCGGCUGCCCGUGGAAAUGAAGAGCAUGGCGUCGUUAACGGGUAUCAGGGACAACAUGGCACUCUCCAGAGAUACCAGUGCUCGCCGUUGUGCGACUACCGGUGCAGCGACACCAAGUACAGGAAGCCGUGCCUCUUCUUCUGCAACAAGUGCUGCAACACCUGCCUGUGCGUGCCGUCGGGCUUCUACGGCCACAAGUACGAGUGCCCCUGCUACAACAACUGGAAGACCAAGGAAGGAGGGCCCAAGUGCCCCUAGAAAAACAUCUGUGCCCUUCUGACCACAGAGUUACAGUAACCCGGGCGCGCACCUUGAUUCAAAACUUCUGAUUCAUUCUCAGUUCCAGUGCAUGCAUUGUUUUGCACUUGCCGUUGCCGUACGUUGAUGCAAUUGCGCCGCUCUUAGUUGUAUGUAUAAACUACUGAGUUUUUGCCUGAUC